AUGUCGUCUAUCGAACCGCCGCCGACAUUGACGAAAACAUACUCCGGCAUCCCGGAGCGCCUCCUUGAUAAGGCCACAAGCCUGAAGCGCGAAGUCGUUGCGUUGACAACAGACAACGUGGUUCCGCGCACAGAGAACGUCGAACUGCCGAUUAUCCCCACUGGGUAUUCACGAUCUCGCUUCAACUCGGCGAUUGAGGCCAUCGAGCUGCUAAUCGGACGCCAAAAUGUUGAGCUGAAUGUAAAACCACUGGUUGACGGCUGGUAUCUAGAACAUCCAAAUACUCACGAUGCCUUCCACCUUGUUGAACAAGAAGAGCUUGUCUCGUCCGCUACCGUGUACCCAGCAUCGACCGAGGAGGUAGUACACAUUGUCAAGUGGGCCAACCAAUAUGAAAUACCUAUCUACCCGAUCUCGAUGGGCCGGAACUUGGGCUAUGGUGGUGCUGCCCCCAGAGUCCGGGGCUCUGUGAUCGUGGACCUUGGCAAGCGAAUGACCAAAAUCCUCGACAUCGACCCCGAUACAUGCACAUGCCUCCUCGAGCCCGGGGUCUCCUUCUAUGCUCUUUACGAAGAGAUCCAGAGCCGAGGGCACAAGCAUCUUUGGAUUGACGUUCCUGAUCUCGGCGGUGGCUCAGUCCUCGGUAACACGGUUGAUCGAGGCGUUGGGUACACGCCUUACGGAAACCACUAUGAGGCCCAUUCCGGAAUGGAAGUUGUCCUGCCGACUGGUGAGGUCAUCCGCACGGGAAUGGGAGCGCUACCGGGAAACAAUACCUGGCAAAUCUUCCCGUACGGCUUCGGACCGUAUGCUGACGGGAUCUUCACUCAGUCCAACUUUGGCAUCGUCACAAAGAUCGGCAUGACACUGAUGCCAAACCCCGGUGGCUCUGAAGGAUUCAUGUGUACUUUCAAGGAAGAAGAGGAUCUUGCCAAGAUUGUUGAAGUCAUCCGCCCCUUACGGAUCCGAAACAUUCUCGAGAAUGUUGCUCAGCUCAAGCAUGUCGUCCAAGAGGUUGCCCUUCUAGGAAAGCCACGAUCGCACUGGUACAAGGGCAAGGGAGCGGUCCCGCUGGAGAGACUACGAGAGAUCGCUUCGACUCUACCUUGUGGUGAUUGCUCUUGGGUAUACUAUGGGAACGUCUAUGGGCCAAAGGAGCACAGAGACGAGAAGUUGAAGAUCACCAGAGAGGCUUUCGAGACGGUCCCUGGUGCAAGGUGGAUACCACGUGAAUCCCUGCCGAGAGACCAUUAUUUCUUCAGCCGAGAAAACAUUGCGAGCGGCGUUCCCGAGUUUGAGGAGCUCAGGUGGCUCAACUGGCAUGAAAACGGAUCUCACGUCUUCUUCAGUCCAGUCUCAGCUCCACGAGGUGAAGAUGCAUUGAAGUUGUUCAACAUUGCCAAGAAAUGGCACCAAGAAUGCGAACUCGACUCUUUUCCGGCUUGCUGCGUUGGCCUGCGCGAGAUGUACUUCAUUGUCAACAUGGUCUACGACCGGGGUGAUCCCGUGUCCAAAGCAAACGCAUACCGGUGCAUGCGGGGAAUGAUCGCAGAUGCUGCUGCAGAGGGCUUUGGAGAAUAUCGAACACAUCUGCUCCUCGCAGAUCAAGUUGCUGGGACCUACAGCUGGAACAACAAUGCGUUGAUGCAGUUCCACAAUACAAUCAAGGACUCGUUGGACCCCAAUGGGAUCCUCGCACCAGGCAGGAAUGGCAUCUGGCCGAAAAAGUACAGAAACAAGUCCUGGGAGCUCGGCGAGAAUGAUCUUGGGCCUCGCACGCAGGGGUUGGAAGUUUCGCACCGGACCAGAGAGAUGAAAGAGGGGGAUAGGCAAUAA